AUGAGACGUCGAUCAUCAAACGAUAUAUUUUUAUUUAACGAGGAAGAGUUUAAUAAUCUCGAUCGCCUGGAAUUGAAAAUCAGCAAGCUUGAAGAUACAAUUGUUGAAUUUAAUAGUAAAUUUAAAUCAGAUACGCCGAUAAUUACAUCAAAAGGGAAUAUUUCAGCUGCAACAACAUUUUGGAAUACUCUAGUCAAUAACUUUACAUAUAUAAUUCAUGAUAAACUUGAAGAUUUGCUUAUAACCUUCGAAAUAUUCUUCCAGAAUCCAUCGACAUUACCAGUAGAUGAGAAAAUACUUUCGGUUAUUGAAUUUCUUUUUGGUCAAAUCAAAACAGAAUCCAAAUUCCAAGAAAUUAUUGCAGAAAGUAUCAAACUUAUCUUCAAAAUUCCAUGGGUCUGCAACUUAUUUUUAGAAAGAGAGUUAUUUUCUGGCCUUUUCGUGCAAUUUAUCAAUGAAGAAAAAUACGAGAAACUUUGUUUAAUCCUUCAAAACCUCAACAGCAGCGAAUUUACGGCAGCAUUGACCAAAUUUAUACCAGAAAUAGUUAUAUUACCGACAUUUCGAUUCAUUGUCUGCACGAAAAAAGAAUUUCAAGAUAAAAUACCCACGAAUGUGUUUGUUUUACUUAUUACUCACUUAAUCAGCUGGAUAUGCAAAGCUUUUACCCCACAAGUUAUUGUCGAUUUACUUGCAGAUGGAGUAAUUUACGAUAUCAACACAAUUUUAUCGACAUGUAGUGCCAAAUCUGUUUUGGGAGUUUAUUCUUCCCUUGUUGAGUGGGAUGCUGAAUAUCCAAUUCAUCCAAUUGCCUUAAAAGUAUUUCAUCAGAUUUAUGUUCUUCCUACAACCUCAAAUCAGCUUCGGAUUUCAAUUUUAGAAUUCAUUAGCAGCAAAUCUUCAAUAUACAACCAGAACUUUGCACUCCAGGCCAAUACUUCCGGUUGGUUUUUACCAGAAGUAUGCAAAAUCUCAAAUUUGUUCACUCCUUUCUGCGAAAUGAUCAGAGGGAUCGCCAGAGUGGACACAAAAUUCAUUAUUCCUGUCUUUCUGCUACUCGUUGAUAAGAUUGUUCCGCCUCAUAAAGGAGGAAUUUUAAUUGACUCGAUUAUUUCAUUUUUAUUGGAGCUUCUGACUGAUUUCAGCAUGCCAGAAGUAUUGUUUAAUAAUGAUUUGUGCUUGGAGAAGCUAAUGCUUGAACCUUCUUUGAGUGAUUUCGCAAAUUUUCUGACUGACAAAAAAGUUCAAGUUUUUCUAUCAAAAAUGUUUGCAGGAAGGACUUCUGAAUCUCAGCCAGUUCACAUCCUCCAGCGACUGACCGAUUCCGGAAAAUUUAUGAACCAGGAAAAACUUACUGAGUUCGUUGUGACAAUCCUUACAGAUAAUUUUAAUCCGGGAAUACUGUACUACUUGAUUGUAUCACUGGAUGACGACUACGUUGAAGAUAUAAUUUAUCUCAUUUUAACUCCAUGGAGAUCAGACAUUGUGACCUUGUUCAAUGAGGGUGACUGCUUCUCUAUUGUCGAGAGGAAGAUUGGAGUCAACAUAAAAUGGACUAAGGCUUUCUUAAAAUUCGUAAAUACAAUUGUUACCCACGAAAGCGACCAUUUCUUCGAUGACUGGGUCAUCCAGCAGCCAAGUUCAUCCCUUGUUUUCACUCUACAGAAUGACGAUAUCUCUGAAUACGUCGUUCCAUCAAGUUCCAUACACCCGAUACCAAUUCCAUCACUUGUUCCACUGUGCAAUCCAUUUAUUACUGACUCUUAUUACAAUUUGUAUAUGUUGGGAGCUUAUGCGAUGCCAGUUUACAGGAAAUUUAAUUUCAAAUAUGAUAAAAUUAGCAAUAUCAAAGAAAUUGCAUGCAGAUUCAUAUAUCCUGAAGACUUCAUGAUCUUAGUAGAUACAAAUCCUGCUUUGGCUGCGACUUUAUUAAAAAUACCAAACGAGCCUUUUUCUUUAUUUGAGUUCUAUCCCAAUAUUGGCCCAGGUUGGCUCGAGCCACUCAAGCCUAUCUCAUGUCCAGCCAUUUGUUUCAGAAUUAGAUUCAAUAAUAACUCAAUACAGAAAGUUCCUUUUGUUACAUUCAACAACCAAUCUCUCGCAAUAGAAGACAACCUUAUUUUCAGUCCAAAUAACGACAAAUCAUUCAAAAUUGACCUAAAAACAUGGUAUCAAAUUUUGAUUUACAGUGAAAAGUCGUCAUCCAGCAUUAAAGUCUAUAUCAAUACGCUAGAAUUCUGCCAAGUACCAGCAUCGAGCGACAAUCUCGUUACACUUAAAGAGAUUGGCAACAGUGAAAUUCCUGGAACGGCUUUUUUUGUCCAAAACAACGUCAACAUCCUUUCAGACUUGGACUCCAUCCAGAACUACACCUUACCUAAGACUCCAAAUGUCGAAUUAGUCCCUAAAAAGUCAUGUGCUCUCUCACUAUUCCACUCGACCAUCCACAUCUUCAAAGACCACAACAACAUCAUCGAGAUCUUCAACAGGUUCACUCGGAGCAAGUCAAACAAGACUGACUACUUGAGAAUCGUCUCUCAGAUACCGAACAUCUGCGAAAUCAACGACUACACAUUCUUCUCGAACUUCCUAUCAGUUCUCAAGCAGAACAAGGAGUACUGCGAGACUGGGUGGUUCACUGAGUUCGCAUUCUCCAUGUACUGGGUCAUAGAUUUGAAACAGAGAACACGAAUUUUCAACUCAAUUCUUUCUGAUUUUGAGUUGUGGUCUAGUUUUGACGAAUCCUAUCUCAUUGAGUAUUUGCAGAGUGUCUACAAGUACAUCACGACGUACAACGACAAGAUAGACAUCGGCUAUUUGAUUGACAACCAUUGUCUGGAGACACUUUAUUAUUUGAUAUUUUGCGUCAAAAAGAAAAAUUUGGCAGAAUGUUUCAUCAGACUGUUUCUCUUCAUCUUCCAAUUCGCAAAUAUGGCCAUUAUCAAGAGGAUGUCAAAGAUAAUUAUGUCAUCAAAGAUGUGGCUGAAUUUGAAGGAUCUGAAAAUAAAUUUGAACGAAAUCAGAGAUUUCAUUUUGGAAUUCGAUUUCGAUUCUCAGAUUUUCUCUGUUUUCAUCCAGGCUUUGGUUGUAUUCCAGGCAAAGAAGAACUUGGAGGUGUUCACUGAUGAAGACUUGCUGUUCUUAAUACUGAUAACUAACAACACUUGCGCAGAAGCAAUUUUGGAAUACCUCAUCUCAAAAAAUUCUGAAAUUGAUUUGACAAAUUUGUCUGUUUUCACUUUGGGAAUCAAGAAAUUCCCGUCAAAUGUUAAACUGUGGAGCUUCCUUUACACAAGACUGUUUGAUUGUAGCUUUGACAUAUAUAACUACACGAAAACUCCGCCAAUCAAAAAGAAUUUCUUCAUUUACCCAAUUUUCACUUUGAUGAUGGCGGUUUUUCAUGAAAAAGUGACGGAGGAUUUGACAAAGAAACUUAGUGAUGUAUUUAAUGACACAUUCAUAAGCCAGCUGACCAAUUUGACGACAAUUAAUCUUGAUGUCUUCAUCUAUCUUCUUAGAUUUUGCCGCAGAAAUCUCCCCACAGUGAAUUUGAUUGAAUUGGAGGUUUACAACUCGAAUUACAUCUCCAAGAGCGAUUUCCCGCAAUUGAAGGAAAUUUACCAAAACAAUUUUGCUGAGUUCCUCACAAAAUUCUUGAACUUGACAAGGUUGGACGGUUACGACGGUGUCCCAGAAUCUUUUUGUAAUUUUAUGUCACUUUUCUUGGCAAAAUUAGUUCAUUCUCAAAUCAAUGAUUUCAUGUCCAAAUCUCCACGUGCAAUAUCCAUCAUUGUUCAGCAGAGCUGUCCCGAGAUUGUUAAAGCAUUUCUAGUUAAUUUGAUUGGAAUGAUGAAGAACGCAAGCAAAAAGACGAUCCAGAGCUAUUUAGAGGCAGUUUGCUACUUCUAUUUGCACUUUCCGAGUUAUUUCAAUGACGGACUGAUUAUUUGGGCUGUGUUUGAUUUCAUCAAAGAAAACCAAAGUGUGGCAAAAAAUCGGUUUUCUGGUUUCUUCAUUGUCACUUUGUCUCUUUUGGACGAUAAACAGCUAGAAAUUGCAUUGGAGAUUUUGGAGAAUCAUGCGAGUAGUUUCCAGUUCAACCAGUGUUUGUAUUUGCUGUUUGGACUUUUCGAGAAAAGGCCUGAGUUGUCUGAGAAAUUUUCAAAGAACUUACUCAAGCAGCUGAAGAAAUUGAACUUCCCACAUAACGACGCGAAUUACGACGUCAUCCAGAACUAUAUAAAGAAUAUGACAGAGCUGGACAUCAAGAAUCCGCCGAAAGAAGUUGUUGAGAGUUUGUUUGUCCUGAAACAGAAACUGAUUUCUGACUGGGAGGGAACAAUCGAAAUUAUUCUGGCUGAGGAACUAAAUGACACAGAAGGACUGAUCGUAAACACGUACAAGAUUGUUACUCUACUUGCUUUCAACACUUAUAACGUCGUCAACAAUCUUUCAUUAGCUAUAAACCAGUUCGCAAAGAACCAGGAAAAAUUCUUAAGUACAAAGCCUUUCUUGAAAUGCGAAAAAACUCUCUCCUUCAGACGACACCCAUUCUCCUUCCCAGCUCAGACGCCAUCCGUUGUUUACCCUUCCCCUUUCCCAAUUUACUCCCCUUCUGACAAGCCGCCACAAGCAGUCAGGCCUCAAACGAAAGUUUUUGAUUUUGUUUCGAAUUUCGAUACAAAACUCGAAAUAGUCGACUAUUUACCAAUGGGAAACUUCAAAUUCGCAGGGCUGUUUAAUAUUCAUAAAGGUGACAUUUUGUCACUUUUUAAGUCAACUUAUGGAGAUUUUUCAACGAUUUCAAAUUGCCAACUUUCUAGAUUAGACAUCAAAGUUCCCUGUAUCUGUUUCUUCAGUUCCAAAGGAACUCUUUAUCUUUGCGGUGCAAGUUUCGUUGAUAAUGAAAUUUCCUUAAGCGAAGUGACCACUCAAAGUUACACCACAUUUUACGAGUCAGCUCUUUUAGGAGAAUUCGGUGAGUUCAGGCUGUUCUGCGGCCGAAUAAUCCUGAAAGUGAAAUCUGACAGUGAAAUACUUGUCAGAAAAAUCAACUAUAACACAGAACAGAACUCAUUCGAGUUCUUCAAUAUUUCCAACGGAAAUUACAUUAUCGACUUCGAAUCUCCAAACCAAAGCAUUGUCACAUCCAAUCUUAUUAAUAUGCACAAUCUCGAGAGCAUCACUCAGAAGUGGAGAUCGAACGAGAUGUCGAAUUUCGAGUACCUAAACUACGUGAAUUUCUUCGCGCAGAGGUCGUACUCGGAGCUCUCCUGCUACCCGAUUUACCCGAGGACAUUAAGCGAGAUGAACGGCGACAAAAUAGAGAGCGAGCCACUCAGAGACCUCAACACGCCGAUACAAUUGCUUGGGGACCUCGACCAGCAGCACAAGUCUUUCGUGAAGAGAUUCCAGCAGCAGAAGUUCUUCUUCCCAGAAAACGUAUCAAAUCCAAUGAUCGUAACAACUCUGCAUGUCAGAGUUAUUCCGUUCUGUCGCUACCAGUGGCUGAUGAACGAGGGCUGGGAUGCUGGCGACAGGAACUUCCUCUCUGUUCCGUUCCAGCUGCAGGUUUCUGCAAAAACUGUCUACGAACAGACUGCUGAGCUGUUCAUUGCACCGGAAUAUCUAUUAAAUUUGAAUAAUUUCAUGCUCAAAAACGGUGUUACUUUUGACAUUGUUCUUCCUAAAUGGUCGAGCAAUGUUUUCAGUUUUGUCAAUUUCCACAGAAUGAUUUUGGAAUCGAAAAGCGUCAGAGACAAUCUGAAUAUUUGGAUUGACUUUAUUUUCGGGUACAAACAGAAGUCAAAAGAUGAUUUCAACAUAUUCAAUCCUCUGGCGUAUUUUGAGCCAAAAAGCGAUGUCUCGAAUGAUAAAAAGGAGCAACAGAAGAAGUGGAUGUCAUUCUGUGGACAGGUCCCCAUCCAAGUUUUCUCUGUUUCUCAUCCUUCUUCGCUUCAAGUCUCAAAAAUGAUUCCGGGAGAAAUCAAAAUUUUAUUUGAAAUAGGAAAACCGCCAAGAUUAUCUUUCUCACAAAUUCUUAACCAAAUUACGAUUGAUGGCAAAGUUGUUCUGUCUGACAGCGAUAUGAUUUUCGCAAGGAGUGUUUCCAUGUCGAACUUCUUCAUCGCAGUCAAUUUCGUCACUUCUUUCGUCAAAAUAUAUUUAUUCAUUGACUCCAAAGUGAUUUUUAUUUUGUCACUCCAGAUCUCCAACCCGAGAAUCACUUGCAUAAACGACAAUGUCUUAGUCGCGUGCACGAGUGGCGAUGGGUACUUGAUAUUCUGGUCAAUAUCGAGCGGUGCUGUCAUAAAGAAGUAUUCGACUGACGAAACAGUCUUCGACAUAAAACUUGAUGACGCGACAUCGUCUUUCUUCGUCUGCUUCUCGAACUCUAUCUGCCAGUAUUCGUCUAGUGGUUUCUUGAUAACUACAAUAAACGCAAACGCGAGACUCAGAUCUGUCGCAACAUUCGGAAAUGGCUUCAGUUUGGCAGACAGAUUCGUGUUGGGAGGUUGCAUGGAUGGAAGUGUAAAGAUAUUCGGAUUCAGCAAAGAAAUGAAGCCGUCGUUGGUAAGAGAAAUCAAACUGGCGAAAUCUCCUAUUGUGAAAUUAGUUUCUUACGAUUCACCAAAAAUUAUUUCAGCUUUCACCAAGUUGUAA